AUGAUAAGACAUGGCAAAGAUAGCACAGAGGUAGUCCUUAUGACUAAAAGUCGGCAUGAGACAACAAAACGAGAACUGCUACUGAGCUUUAAUAGAAGAAACCAUAAGGUUGCGGUGAACUGGAAGAAAUCUAGAAGGGCAGAUAUUCGCAGCAACUUCACAAACAUUCAGCAACCAUAUUUUCGAUGGAGUCUGAAAGUUACAGGUAUGGAAAAACGAACCAAGCUUCGGCAAAAACAGUGUCUAUCAAGAACAAGAAAGUCCCAUAGAGUUUUUGCAAGCCGGUUAUCCCCUGCUCGCCCUUUGAGAAGGGCCUCCAAGAGGAACAGCAGAAAGACUGAAAUUGAUGCCCCCAGAAUCUCAUACGCGGCUUCAGUUUGUAAAAAUAGCACCAGUUAUCUGUUUGAUCGAGAUCUCCUAUUUUGUGACUUAAGAUUCGACUUCAACGAGCGUAUUUUUGCGAAAUUGCCGUCGGCGGUCGUGGAACCACUCUUGCGAUGGAAGCGUGUACUUGUGGAUGACACUAGUGGACGGAUAAUUCCACUCGGUUCAGAUGGGAAACCAAUCUGCUAUCAAGAAAAUGAAGAUGUGGAUGCGAACAAAGAGCAGGAUUCACUGUCUGAGGAAUUAAGCAACAACAGGAGUAAAUCCAUUAAGAGGUUUCGGGCUGAUUAUUCGUCUCAGACAGAAGCUGCCACAGUAGUCUGUAGAAAAAGGUCUGGGGAGUACCUAGGUAACAACUCUACUCGUCAUUCGUGUAACACAAAGAACACCGACUUGCAGCAAUCCUAUACUAAUCCCCUCGAGUCUGGCGCUGAGGUUUUUGCGGUUUAUUUCGGAGUAUACUAUCCAGCGACAAUAUUGAGUGCACACGGCCACGACGGCUACACAGUGCAGUUCUUAAAUGAUGGGGUUACCAAGCAUGUGCCACUUGAAGGGGUCGUACCCUUGAAUUUAGUAGCUGCAGAUCAAGAGUGCUUCGUCGAAAAAGGUAUAGGUGUGGUCACUAGAACGCCGUCUAAUUUUUCUUCUGGAUUAUUCGCCGUAUCUCUUUCUGACGAAGAUGACAGUCCUGGAAGAACUGUCUAUGUACGGUGGUACGGGCUGUCUUUCCCUCUUCGUACUUGGCGAAAGGAACUGUCUCGUCGACUUCAACAAAAGAUGAACGUAGCAACGUCAAUUGACGCCAUACAUUCAAGUUUGCCCAAUCAUGUCAGUACACAGAAAUGGAGGAGGACUUCUUUGUUGGAAACUGCCCCUUUUGUCAAAGAACCAUCCCUAUCCUAUCCACUGUGGCCAAUUUAUCCCGACCCUGAUCCAGAAUCUAAAACAAUGGUACGCCUCAACAAAAGGUCGCACCCAGUUGCUGUUUCGGCUAUCCUUAAGAUAUGUUCGUCUCCUCUAAAGGAACCAGAUCGCUGCUUCCUCAUCACUCUCGACGGCCAUCCAUGGCAUUACCAAUAUCGCGUCCCCAGAAGAAGUCUGAGCAACCAAGAUCUUGGUCGGUGUUUUGAAAGAAGGGAGAUCAUGAUCGAAGAAAUGGGAAACACUUUGAAACAGCGCGACCCGGAGAGUUUUCAAGAACAAUAUGCUCACUACGGUCAACGGAUGAACUUCAAAAAAGAGUGGAGAGUGAAUCUCAGAAUUUUGGAAGCAAAGAUCAAUCGACGGUUAAGCGCUUUCCAUAUUGCGCCCAUUUUCAUAGAAAGCUGGACAAGAAAGCUGCCGCCGCCACUCUGCUUUGAUUAUUUGCCUAGAUCCACCGUUUCAAGGCAGUUGCAUCGUCAAAUGCAAAAAUUUUCUGCCAAGCUUCGUUGUAGAUAUCCAACAAAAUCAGAGGGAUGUUCUUGUCAACGAGGAAAAUGCGAGUUGGGACAGUGCCCAUGCCUCGUAUUUAAGGAGAAAGGAGCUGUAAUGAUUUGCGGACAAGCAUGUGGUUGCAGUGACUCAUGCCCAUCGUCUUAUCUAAAAGAAGAGCGACAAGUUCCACUUGUUCUCUUUCAUACUCGCUAUAAAGGAUGGGGUGUCCUUACUCCAGUGCCAAUUCUUGCUGGCACUUUUCUUGGGCUUUAUGCAGGCCAUAUUGUCGAUGUAGAGCUUGAAAUGCUCCCUGAUAACACUUACAUAUUCGACAUGAAUCAACAAGUUGAGAAACAGUCACGAAAAUACGCAGUGGACGGAACAUGGAGCGGCAACAUUUCAAGGUUUUUCAAUCAUUCUUGUGUGGAUCCCACAUUAGUUGCAAAGGUGUUGUUUACCCGCGGUAAUUUAGUCACCCACGAUCUUGCGUUUUUCGCUGCUAGGGAUAUCCGCAUCGGCGAAGAACUGACUUUUUGCUAUUCUGCAGAAAUUAUGCAGCAACGUUCAUCUGGUAUCACGUGCAGGUGCACAAGUGGAUGCAAGUCAAAGAUAUAG